AGUGCCCCUCCUCCAUACUACCUGCUUCCCCCGCUGGAGCUGUCAAUCGAGCAGUCGGUGUGCAGAGGGACUGCGGGAGAUUAGCAGCAUUGGGCUUUAUCAGUACUGUGUGAGCGAAACAGCUACAGUAGCAGUGUGAGGACUGACUGACAAGGUAUUACUUACUAAAGGAGACUGGAGAAGUGAGGGAGCCGCGCAAACUACAUUUGCCAGCCAGAAGCAGCGAUGGCAGCAACCUGCACCAGGUUCACUGACGAGUACCAGCUGUUCGAGGAGAUUGGAAAGGGUGCUUUCUCUGUUGUAAGACGGUGUGUGAAACUAUGCACAGGACAAGAAUAUGCUGCAAAGAUCAUCAAUACCAAAAAACUAUCAGCGAGAGAUCAUCAGAAGUUAGAAAGGGAGGCCCGAAUUUGUCGAUUGUUGAAGCACCCAAACAUCGUUCGACUGCAUGACAGUAUUUCAGAAGAAGGAUUUCAUUAUUUAGUCUUUGAUCUAGUUACUGGUGGAGAACUUUUUGAAGACAUUGUAGCCAGGGAAUAUUAUAGUGAAGCUGAUGCCAGUCACUGUAUUCAUCAGAUAUUAGACAGUAUCUGUCACGUUCACAACUGUGGUAUAGUUCACAGGGACCUGAAGCCAGAAAAUCUGCUGUUGGCCAGUAAAUGUAAGGGGGCUGCAGUGAAACUGGCUGAUUUUGGCUUAGCUAUCGAAGUACAGGGUGACCAGCAAGCGUGGUUUGGGUUUGCAGGUACACCUGGAUAUCUCUCACCAGAGGUUUUGCGAAAAGAAGCCUAUGGUAAACCAGUUGACAUCUGGGCAUGUGGUGUAAUACUUUAUAUUCUUCUUGUUGGCUAUCCUCCAUUUUGGGAUGAAGAUCAACACAAACUCUAUCAGCAGAUCAAAGCUGGUGCAUAUGAUUUUCCAUCACCAGAAUGGGAUACUGUCACUCCAGAGGCCAAAAAUCUUAUCAAUCAGAUGCUAACGAUCAACCCUGCCAAACGUAUCACUGCCCAGGAAGCACUUAAACACCCAUGGGUCUGCCAACGUUCAACAGUGGCUUCGAUGAUGCAUCGCCAGGAAACUGUGGAGUGUCUGAAGAAGUUCAAUGCAAGACGGAAACUGAAGGGAGCAAUUCUGACCACCAUGCUAGCAACACGGAACUUUUCAGUGGGCAGACAGACGACCGCUCCUGCCACAAUCACCGCAGCUGCUGCAGCCGCUGCUGCUGGUACCACUGUUGGGCUGGUUGAACAAGCAGCUAAAAGCUUACUGAACAAGAAGACAGAUGGAGUAAAGAAAAGGAAAUCCAGUUCCAGUGUGCAGUACAUGCCACAGACAAAUAGUGCCAAAAACAGCGUCACCAGUCCUAAAGGAAACACACCUCCAGCUGCUCUGGAGCCUCAAACUACAGUUAUCCAUAACCCGGUGGAUGGGAUAAAGGAAUCAUCAGACAGCAGCAAUACCACCAUUGAAGAUGAAGAUGUCAGAGCUACCAAGCUUACAGAUGUUUUAAACAGUGUUCGGAAGGGCUCAGGUCCCCUGCCAGAGUUGGAGGGCUCACAGCGCCCAUCGCCUGUCCUCACAUCUCUGGGCUCCUGUCUGUCUCGAAAGCAAGAAAUAAUCAAGAUAACAGAGCAGCUGAUUGAGGCAGUGAACAAUGGAGAUUAUGAUGCAUAUGCAAAAAUAUGCGAUCCUGCUCUAACCUCAUUUGAACCUGAAGCUUUGGGCAACCUUGUUGAGGGAAUGGACUUUCAUCGGUUUUACUUUGAGAACUUGCUUUCUAAGAACAACAAACCAAUCCACACUACUAUCUUAAAUCCACAUGUUCAUCUGGUUGGUGAGGAUGCAGCUUGUAUUGCAUACAUUCGUCUUACGCAGUACAUUGAUAGUCAAGGACGACCUAGGACUUGCCAGUCUGAGGAAACCCGUGUCUGGCACCGUAGAGAUGGGAAAUGGCAGAAUGUUCACUUUCAUUGUUCUGGAGCACCUGCUGCACCACUCCAGUGAUGAGUUGAAAGACAUGUCCAGUUUUAUCCCCGAAUCAGAGAAUCGGGAGUUUGAUCUGAGCCGCGCCCCGCGGAACCAGCGGUGACGCACAUGUGUCCGCAUGCACUUGUCAUUUCCUCCGGUGGCUGAGUUUUUGAAAAAAAAGUUAAAAUAUUUCACGUUUGUGACAAAAAAAUGAAUUAAGCCCAAUCAUUCUGGUGUUUCAUUCAGCUGUCUUGAGAUGUACAGGUAUUUUAAACAAAAUGUACAACUUCGAUCAGUGGCUACUGUAUACUGUUUGUUCUCUGUAUAGCUCACGUUUGAUGGCGUAAGUCUGUAGAGGUUAAAACAAACCUGUUUGCCAAAGCAUGGACAUUUCAGUAGUGACAGUUCAAACUGAGUAGUGAAAGCUGUUUACCAUUUUGUACAUUAAAUCUUUCUGUUUUUAUUAUGAAUGUUCCUUUAUGGCUGUUCCUGUAAAAGGGGGGGGGGGUGUGUAAAUGUUUAGGAAAUUAUUCUUUAAAGUCAAGAUCACACCUGUAGCCUUUGUGAAAAUCUGCAAAGCUGCUGCUGUUUAUAAAUGAUGAUUCUUGUAUGGUCUUUUUGUUGGGAGAGUCAAACUCAGUCACGAGCUGAUAUGAAAUGGAUUUUGUUAGGAGUCCGAAACAGAGCUUCCACAUGGCACAUAGCUGGCACCCCAGCACAUGGCUGCAGAAAUGACUGUAAAAGAAGGAACUUGGGGAAGUUAUGAUCACCUGAUUUAAUCACAUGAUUUUUAUGAUUGGAGUCUAGCUGGUCUUUUUUUUACAGACUUGCUGUGAAGACUUAAUAUUUUUGAUGUAAUUGUUAUUUUGAGAAAUCGAACACCCAUAAUUAACUUCCACAAUCAGUCAUUUUAGGUAGUGUUUCUUCAGUAAAAGUUGAGAGAAUAUUUUUUUUUCUGUCCAUCCUUUAGUAUAUUAACCGGACACUAGUCUUUUAUAAGUAAUGCUAAAUUUAGUAGAAAACUUUUGUUUUAUUUCCUCAAAUACACAUUUUCUCUCAUACUUUUCCCUCUGAAAGCCACCAUUGAUGGUGAGAGUUUCGACAGCAAAGGGAAAGCUUAUAUUUAAGUGUUAAAGACAUUUGGUUGUUGUUUGUGUAACAAAGGUUUUCACAUCAAAUGGUGCCUCACUGCAUUUUUUUUUCUUUUGCAUACCAAAGUUCCAUCUUAAUAGUUUGGCAUUGCAAGUAAUUUUUGAGAGAUCCAUAACUCAGAGACCUGACUCUUUCAAUAUUUCUAUCAAUGUGUAGCCACCACAUGAGCUUUUUGAUAAGGGUGAAGGAUAGAGACUUGACAUACAAAAGAAACAGAGUUAUUGAACCAUUGUGGCUAGUCUGUUGUUUUGGGGGGUAAGUGGGACUUUUGAAGCUGAAGCACAAAUUUAAAAAUGCACUUUUAAUUUCAGUUGUGAAUUAGAAGACAUUUUCUUUUCACAUAGUCAUUAUAAACUCCACUCAUAUUUUUGAAUGUACAAAUAAACUGAACUCCUAAAGUGCAGGCAGCAGUACCACUAGCCCCCAGCCAUUUCCAGUAAGGCUUUUCUCAGAACCACUUCUUUUAGUUGGAGCCAAAUUAUAAGUGCCCCACUGAGCUUGAGUUGUGCCUUCUGGUACUGUUGACCUUUUCCAUAAACUUCCAGCUUUGGUUUCAGUACAUAUAGUGCUAGUGUAAUGUCGAUGGAAGGUAAAAGAAUGUUUCAUUUUUUUUUAAGAUAAGAAAUGUGUUGAGGGAUUACAAUUAAGUCUUUGACAGGCACAUACACACUGUUGGGACUCCCACAUCAGCAGUGGUUCUUAGAUUUCUCAUGAAUACACUCUGAAUAGGAAUAGUUAAUGGAUACAUUUAAAAUCACUGGAUUUUUUGUACUUUCUCCAAGAAAAUGCAAUGAACUUCAAAUGAAAUUGUCAGUACAUGAAAACAAUAGAAAAGUCCUUAUAUGUGUUUGUGUUUCCUAUACCACUGAAAUUAGCAAUUGUUUGCUGAGCAGAUCACCUACUCUGCACAGAUGUUAUUACUUGGUAAUGUCUUGUGUGAAAGACCAAGCUUCCUGAUCUAUAGAACAGUUGUACAUUUGACUACGUUUUGACUUUGUUGGGCAGCAUAUGCCUGAAUUCAGAUUGCUGAUUUUAAGUCUUAACAGCAAGAAAGGGGUGUGCUUUGAAGCUUGUAAUGUGUUCUUGUGCUGAGUUAUACUUUUCUGCUCAGAAAAAAACAGCCCUUUGUACCCAAUAACUUUAACUUAAGUGCUUUAGGUUUGUUGGACUAAGUAUUUUGUUGUAACUUUGGACUAAGCAGCAACAGAAGUCAAAAAACAUUUUUAAGUUUCUUCUAUUUUGGUCAGAACACAGAAAGUUGUUCUUAAAAUCUGGUAAAUGAUCAUCACAUCAUUUUACUGUUUCUAAUAUUUUUUCUGACAAGAAAAGUGAAAGCAAGCAGGAUAUACAUGGAACUUCCUUAAGGGGUGAAGAGAAAUGAGUACUAUGGAACUGUGUGGAAAAGCAGAUUUUAAUUUAUCGCUGUAGUGUUUUUUAGUUUUGUUAUGUUGACUACAGCUACAGUGCCCAGCAAAAAAAAAAAAAAAAAAAAAAUGAGUGUGUAAAAAUUAGAAGAUGAUGUAUGUAGUAGUUUGCAUCCUUGCUUAUGUUUACCUAAGCAAUAGAAAGUGUCAGAGAUUUACAGUGCCAUAAGGUUUGUGCACAUGGGGAGGGGUAAAAGUAUUAAAUACAGAGAGUGGAAGGUCUGAAAUUCUGCAGCAUUAACACACUUGAGAGACUGGACUCUAGAGAACAAAUAAUUAAUGAUGGAACAUCACCGUAACAGUGGGACACUGCUUGAGCAUGUCACUGCAGAAUUAUAGCUUUUCACAAGCUGUAGGAUGUUCAUUGAAGGGAUCCAUGCCUUGAAUACAUGUUCAACUGUAGUAUAUGAAGAUAGGUAAUAUCUGCAGUGGAAUAACUAUAGUAAUAAUACUAUUGCCAAGAUUUAAAAAAAAUCUAACUUUAUUAGCCAUUUUACCCACAUUUUUGCAUGAGAAUUUUGAACUGAUAAUUUAAUUAUUUUCUGUUCCAUAGUUGCCCUUGCGAUGUGUGUGUGUGUACGUGGGUGCACACGUGUGUGUGUGCAUGUAUGUACAGGGACAUGGAAACAGCUGCUAUAUUCAUUUGAUAAUAUGAUAGGUGAGACAUAUUUGUGAAAUCAAAGUGGUGGACUGCAGGGUUUGCCCUGCUAGUUAAACUGUAGUCCCCAGUAGCUCCUGCUGGGAGAUUUAGCAUGCAGCUUGGGCCUAAGCCGUAAUACCUCAUCUGUGCUAUAUCUGCUGAUAUCGCUUGGGCUGUUCCUCUUUGCAGACGCAUGGUGGAAGGGGGUGUCCAGAGACCCGUCAGCAUGUUAAAACUCAUCUCUAAUGUGCUAUUUCUGGUCUUGGUCUCAGAAAGUGACACAAGUUCAUUUACUUGGCUGUAGCUCCCAAAGUCUGCCUAAUUUGUAGAGUGACCUUAAGAAACUGAAAAAGCAGACAUGUCUAUCCCCAUCUGCUUAUAAUAGGGGCAUUCCAGUUCUGAUCUUGGGAGAGGAUGCAGAGGGGGGAUAUCUGUUGCUUUUACAGUUUUCAGGAUACCCAUGCUUGUGAUGAUUGUAUGGUCUUUUAUAAAUACAUUCAUAUAUCUAUAUAAAAAGCUGAAUAAAAAAUGAAAGCAUGACUGUAAGUGAUUUAUUCUUAUUAAAAUGUGAAACAAUUUUACAGAUUGUUGACUUAGUUUCCAGUUAUAGUGUGCUGGGCAUUUGUUUCUUUGCAUGGCUGUUUGUUUCAAAAGAAUGCUGGUGGAGAUGACUGUUGUCUCCAUUUUCUGUGCUUUGUAAGUGCAUCAAACUACAAGAUUUUUGGUUCCUUUUGACUGAGUUUUUUUUUUUUGGAGGGUGGGAGUUGGGGGGGUCAUCCAGUUGCACUUGUGAGUGACAGCUUGUCAGGUGACAGUGCAUCUUGAUGAAGACAGAAAUGGAUAAAAUAAAUAAGGAUAGAGACCUGCAAGACAGGAAAAUAAGAGAAAAGGCUAGGAACAAAGGUGCCUGUCCUUAAAAUAUUCUUCAGACAUUAGAGGAGAUGGUUAAAAAUGCCUUUAAAAAGGAAGGUGAUGGCAUUCAGGAGUAAACAUGUUACAUAAGAAUCACAGUUCUGUAUCAUUUUGGUACACAACUAAAUAUCUGAAGCACAUCAGUCUGUGGUGUGCUGCAGCCAUAGCAAAUAUUCAGGAAACACUGCUUCACUGUAGUGAUUUUAAGAAAAGGAAUCAACUUCCAAGAAGAGAAGAAAGGGGAGGAUAUGAAAACAGUUUUGGAAGUAGAGGUACUGGGAGGGUGACAAUGGCAAUUGACAAACUGAAACAGAGGAGUGGAGGAAUUGAGAGCAAGAGCUGUGAUAGAUAUCUUAUGUAACCAGGAAAAGAUGACCAGAGAGGCAAGAUGGUGAGGGGUACAUCCUGGGAGCAGAGCAGGGGAGAAACUUCAUAAAUAUGCCGGGAACCAAAUAUAAAAUAGGAGAAAGAAGUAAGAUUAGGGAAUACCAAUCAGUAGUGUGGAAAGGAGCUGUGCCUUCUCUGGAUGGAAUUUCCUACUUUAGUUGCUUUGCCUUGCUGUUCUGUUUGAAAAAUGAGAUCUUGAAUAUUUUGAGUGAGAGGUCUUCCUUUUAAAAAUGAAGUGUGCACUGUUACUGCACAACUGCUGCCUAAAGCCAAGCUCUGAAUGUUUCUCUCAUUCUGUUUUUACAUAUAUGUACAUAUAUACAUACAUAUAUAUGUACGUAUUAUAUAUAGUUUUGUAAAUUAUGGUUAUUUGUUGUUUAAUAAUCUUUCUUAGUUCUAGAUUAUAACUAAUGAUCACAUUCAAAAAUGUGUCUUGUAUGUCCUCAUUUGGAAGGAAAUGUUAUGUUUCAUUAUCAAAUAAAACAAACCUUAAAAAGA